AAGGUCCGAACUCCAAAGUCCAAACCAAAGCGAAGUUCAAAAAAUAAAACUCUUCUCAUUUUCAAACACACCAACCUCUCUUAUAUUCAAACUCUGUCUUUUGUGUUUGGUUAGAAAGAAAAAAAAAUGGCAGGCAAUUUGGAGGAUGUGCAAUCCAUAGAUCUCAUGACGGAGCUCCUCCGCCGCAUGAAAUGCUCCACCAAACCCGACAAGCGCCUCAUUCUUAUCGGUCCACCUGGAUCGGGUAAAGGGACUCAGUCACCUAUCAUCAAGGAUGAGUACUGCUUAUGUCACUUGGCUACUGGUGAUAUGCUGAGAGCUGCUGUUGCUGCUAAAACCCCUCUUGGAAUUAAGGCCAAGGAGGCCAUGGACAAGGGAGAACUAGUUUCUGAUGAUUUGGUUGUUGGCAUUAUAGAUGAAGCGAUGAAGAAACCUUCAUGUCAGAAAGGUUUCAUUCUUGAUGGAUUUCCUAGAACUGUGGUUCAAGCACAGAAGCUUGAUGAGAUGCUUGAAAAGCAAGGAACUAAGGUUGAUAAAGUACUCAAUUUCGCAAUUGACGAUGCCAUCUUGGAGGAAAGAAUCACUGGCCGCUGGAUCCACCCUUCAAGUGGUAGAACAUACCACACAAAGUUUGCUCCUCCUAAGGUUACUGGUGUAGAUGAUGUAACUGGAGAGCCUUUGAUUCAACGUAAAGAUGAUACUGCAGCAGUGCUUAAGUCAAGGCUUGAGGCGUUCCACAAGCAAACUGAACCAGUGAUUGAUUAUUACAAGAAGAAGGGCUCCGUUGCAGACCUUCCUGCAGAGAAACCUCCCAAAUUUGUCACAACCGAGGUCCAGAAAGUGCUUUCCUCAUAAUUUAAGGCCCUUUUAGACUCGCAAAUGAUGAGUUUUGAGCCACAGUAGUUGAUUUUGCUCUCAUAUCUACUUAAAAAAAAACACAUUCACAAAGGUUGAACCUUUGAUUCCAUUUCAUUUUGACUGUACGCCGGCCGUCCUCUGUUGAGAUAAUUAAACUGAGCUCACUAUGAAAUAAUGAUGUUACAGUUUUGUCA